AUGGCUGCGCCAUUUCAUAGCCACGGACCCCAUGUCAAGGCCGUUGAGAUUACAUCCAUGUUCGGUAAACAAAGGGAAGGGGGCCAAUUCGUUCCUAAUCCACCGGGGAUUUGCAGCCGCAGCAACGAAGCAGCGCUUAAUGACCCGCUUUGGUUCUUCCGGAGCAGCCCAUCCAUAAGCUUGGUCCGUUCUGUUGAUGGAACUGGACCCUAUGGGGCCUCCCCACUCGUGUAG